AUGGACGACGUGUUCGACCUCGUCGACCGCAUCGAGGAGCAGUGCAUUGUCCAGGGCCAUGCGCAGGGCGUCGAGGAAGGCCGCCGCCUCGGCUUCCAAGAAGGCAACGACUUGGGCGAGGUCAAAGGCUACGAGAUUGGCAGCGAAGUCGGCUUCUACCAUGGCUGCUACCUGCUCUGGAGCGCAAUGCUACUUGCUGAUGCGUCGUCGCUGCCGCCGAGAGCGGUCAAGUCGAUCGAGUCGCUCGGCCAGCGCAUUCGCAACUACGCCCUCGUCAACAGCCUCGAUGAGAAGAUCCACAUGGACCUGCAGCUCAUUCGCGCCAAGUUCAAGGUCGUGACGUCGCUCCUCGGGCACCCGUCGCUCGUCUUCAACGAGCAGAAUGUCCUGGACCACAAGAACAUGUCCUUCUAG